AUGGCUGAGCGCUGUGCCGCGGACUUCCUUCGACGCCGUGCCGAUGCGGAGGCCUUGCUCCGGCGCCGCGAGGCGGCCUUUGCCCGCUGUGAGGGCCGGCGAGGCCCCGUGCAGCGUGCACAGGUUGCCUGGCUGACGCACCGCACACUCGCGGCCUGGCGGUCCUGGCUGGCCGCCGAGAAGGCGGAGCGCCACUUCACGCAAUUGAUGGACGAGUUGCGGCAGGAGGAGGAGAGGUUCCAGAACGAGCAGAAGGAGCUCGCUGCUGUACAGGAGGGCGUCGCUGCUGAAAUUCGGUGGUUGCGCCGGCUCUGUGCAGCACGGCGUUUGCGGCAACACGUCGCUGCAGAGCAGACCUUGCUGUGGCUUGAGCGGAUCGACGCCUGGCGACUAGCUCAAGAAGCGCUGCGAUCUUGGUCGAGCUUCGCGUCCCAGGCGGCAGGAAGGGUGCAACUGACCUGGCAUUUCGCGGCGCAGCACGAUGUGCUCUGUGCGCUUUGGGCCUGGCACGCCUCGGCCGGGAAGCGCCGCCGAACACGGCAGAGGUCUGAGCUGGAAGCCAAAGAGGCCGAGCUGUCGCGAUACCAAGCGGCCGCUCGCAGGGCCAAGUUGCUGAGCUACGGGAGCUGGCGCUCGCAACACAGCUCGGAGCGCAGGUCCCAAUGUUGGAGCGCCCUCCGGCUGUGGCGGCAGGGGGUGUUGGCAGCGAGACGAGGGCUCGCAGCUGGCAGACGCCGCCUUUGCCUUCACACGCUCCGCGCCUGGUCGGCCUGGAGGGAUGCCCUGGUGCAGGCGCAGGUUGCGCGUGCUUGUGGCCUGGAGCGAGCGGAGGCCACAGAGGCGGCCUCGGUGCACCGGCACCGCACCGCCGCCAUCAUAGGUGGUUGCUGGCAGUCUUACCAGACUUGGUGGUUGCUGCAAAUUGUGGUGAGCUGGCACCGUGCUGCUCAGAACUGUGGCCAUCAUUGCGCCAGCGAGCAGCUGGAGCAAGAGAUGCAGUCGUCCCUGGCAGAAGCUGCGAGGGUUCGGGGCCAAUUGGACCGUCAACGCGAAGCGUUGGCUGCACAAUCUUACCUUCGUAAGUCCGAGCGCUCACAGCUGGAAGCGGAGCUCGCCGACACGCAGCAGGCUCUUGCGCAGCUGCAAAGGGACCUAGCAGAAGAAGCAUCCAGCCUUGCCACGUUGGAGCUCGAAGCCGUGAGCGAAACCGGAGUGGAGCCCAGCGGCGUCUCGGUUCUGCCCAGGCAGACUGCCGACUCGCAGGACUUGGAGCGAGAACUACUCGAGAUCCAACGACAGCUGCGGCAGCCGGCAACCGCUGGGCUUUCUGGGCGCACUGCGUGA